UUUGGGGGUGAAAACGAUGUCGCACGGGACAACCAUGUCACGUUGCAACAAUAGCAAUGUCACCCGGCCCUCUCUGCAGUGACCCUGCACAGCAAAGGAUGCUGGGAAAUAACAAACACUAUUAUCCUGGGGAGGACGACAAGGAUGGGGAGGAUGAGGAAGAGGAAGAGGAGCAGGGACAAGAUAACAAAAAGGGGGAUGGUAGAGAGAAGGAGAACGGAGGGAUGGAAGGGCUCGAGGAGAUUGAGAUGAAGGGAGGCAGACAAUCACACGAAGGUAAAGGGGAGGGAGGUAAACCCUCAGCCAUUGUGGUUGGAAGGCAGAGAGGGGACCGGACACUGAGGCCAGACAAUCCAGGAAAUAGAGGCAUCCCUUAUACGUCCAAUCAGGCCCCUCAUAAGCAGCAGCACCAGCAGCAGUAUCACCCGGCCCCAUCCACUCAGACCCAGAAAAGACGUGCUCACAUGGAGCGCAGUAUGACCACAGUGGCGCCCAUAGAGGACACUCGACUAACCAUGAUGGUGUUUCGGAUUGGAAUCCCUGACAUCAAACAGACAAGGUGUCUGCAGUUUGACCCUGACUUCACAGUUUGGAGCGCCAAGCAGGAGGUCAUCUGUUCGCUGAGCGAGCCACUGUGGGACGUCUAUAACUAUGGCCUCUUUCAGCCCGCCGGAGACGGAUGCGAUGCCAUGUUCCUGGAGGAGGAGCGCUGCCUCCGAAACUACCCACAGUCCUUUGAGAAAGGGGUGCCUUACCUGGAGGUAUUUUGA